AUGAAGAGGGGUGAAGAAGAGAAAUUUCUUGUAGAUUAUAGUAAUUCACUCAGACUAAUAGAAGAUAAUGUAGAAGAUAGAACCUUCAAGUUUUAUUAUCCAGUUUAUAACUCCCACAUUUUUUUUCUGUCUGUUUCAGUCAAAGAAGCGGGAAGAGACUUCACCUAUUUUAUAGUGGUGCUUGUUGGAAUUAGUGUUACAGGUGGUUUGUUUUAUGUGAUUUUUAAAGAGCUAUUCUCUUCUUCCAGUCCAAAUAAGAUCUAUGGAGAUGCCUUGGAGAAGUGCAGAUCUCAUCCUGAGAUAAUUGCUGUUUUUGGUGAACCCAUUAAAGGUUAUGGAGAGGCAACACGGCGAGGAAGGCGACAGUUUGUCAGUCACAUUGAAUACGUAAAGGAUGGACUGAAACAUAUGCGUUUGAAGUUCUAUAUUGAGGGCUCAGAAGCAGCAAAGCGGGGAACAGUCCACGUGGAGGUCAAAGAGAAUCCCGAGAGAGGAAGAUUUGAGGUCCGCUACAUAUUUGUGGAUGUUGACGCCUUUCCUAGAAGAACCAUUAUCAUUGAAGACAACAGAUAGCCAAAGGUCAAAGCUACUCAGAGUUGCUCUCCCAUCUCCCUGAAUA